AUGUCCAUGGAGGGUCUGUGUACGGAGUUCAUGCGGCUCCGUCAGCACAUAUACGUCGACGAAAGCAAGCUCUGUAGAAUCACGGCUGGCACCCGGCAUUGGGAACUGGAUCCGUUCGACGAUCUGGGCAACGAUAGUGACUCUGUGGAUCACGAAGACGAUAUGGAGGAAGACGAUGGGUCUGCUGCGCACCUCGCGCAUUGGUUGGGGAGGAUGACAGAAAACGAGGUAUUGAAGAGCCCGAGAGAGGACGUGCUUUGGUGGUUGGUGGAGCUGCAGAGGGAGCUGAUCAAGCUUGAUAAGAAGAUCGGGGAGCUUUGGUUGGAGGAAGAUUGA